UUUAAACCAAGGCGUUCUAGCUUUAACUACCCGAGCAGUUCACUUCAAUAGAUCGAUCUGUCCGAUAUCAUGACAAAAAUACUGAUUCAUAAAAUUGAAGUUCGCAGUAGUGCAAGUGAGAAAAUCGACGUGCCUGUAAAGUUUGAUGAGCACAAGGUCAAAGAAUGUGCUAGCUCCGUGAUAAUGUUGGCACACAAAUCCUCAAGUCUGAAGUUAGCUGUCCUUUUGGACACAAGGGCACACCAGAGGGCGCUUGUUGUGAUUCUUGGAAAUCGGGGAACAUCCCGGAAAGUUAGCGACUUUUACAUGGAGAUCUACGGCAUAAACAGUAACGGCAAGGUUGUGAUAUACGAUACCAAAUCUUUAGCAGAUUCCGAUCAGCAAAAUGAGGGCACGGAUUCUAGGCAGAAUACGAACUUGCAGCCUCAACUGACCCGCAAACACAUUUCACAAGCAAGAUACGAAGUCAGACUGCCAAUAUUGACCAGACAACCAUGUUACAAAUUUAUAUGCCUGAAGGAGGUUUCCACCGACGAAAAACAUCUCUUCCAGUGUGCGAACGGCACUACUAGGUAUACAGUCCCUUUUCCACUAAAGCCAGCCAAAGAGUAUGAAAUAAACGUAUUUUGUGGAAGCUGCGAUGGUCCUGGUAGAUACACUCUUGAUGCUUAUCCACCCUUAAAAUUCCAAGCAGCCAUGGACAAGAGUCAGCUGAGGUUGUUGUAUAAACGAGCGAUUGAAUUUUGCAAUGAUCGAUCUCUACACCGCCGCAUCCAUUUCUUGUUCAGGAACAAACCACAUCAGUACUUCGAUAAAAUUCGUUCUCAGAAUGGUGGAAUAAUGACCAAAUACAUGAAAAAUGACGGCGGGGACCAGGCCUCGCCGCUGAACAGGGCCAUCCAGGGCCUUUUCUUCAGCGCUUUUCUCAAAACGACUCCAAAUAGACGCACGGUUGUGCCCCCGUGCUCCCCUUUUGGAAACCAAAGAUUGCACGUGGAAGCGUCAUUUUUUCUUAACCAAAGCAACAAUUUGUAUUUUGCAGACUUUUUCUGUCAUUAUACGAAUCACCGUAUAACUCUUGUAGUUACCAAAGCAAACAGUUAUUCGGAUAAAUUUUGCAGCGAAAAUUUGAUUCCCUUAAAGAGCAGGGGAAAUCCUUUCCUCUACUACAAUAUGUGGCAAAAUGGCUUUUUUACAAACUUGGCAGUAAACAUUGAAGUAUUUUACACAGAAAACAUUGAUAUUGGUGAACUGCUAUCAGACAAAGCUGCAUACUUUACGUUUUGUUAUUCAAAGGGUUAUUCUAGAAAAAAGUCUUUCAUUGGACAAAGAAAAAAUAAAAGCUGUAGCGUUUGUAACCUGAAUCUAUAAAGAAAGUGAGCGCACAAGAUUGUAAGUUUGCAGGAAUCCUCGACACGAAUCAAUUGUGAUUUAAAUGUCUAUAACCUCGAAAGGCUAUGUACAGGCUUCAACAAAAAUAUAUUAUGUUGAGAGUCGAAGUACAUGUCUAUUCCGGUUAUUAAAAAACUCACAAGCUUUCAAAAAAUGGCAAUGAGAGCUAAACCGAUAACUAGUUGGAAAUGUUAAUGCAAACAUAUUUUAAUGAUGUUAUAUUGUGUAUAUCCUAAAAAAGCUAGUAAAAAGAAAAGAAAAUAGUGUUCAUUCAGCAGAUCUAUAAAUCAAUAACAACAAAUCAAAAUAUACCGGCAUAUCAUAAUUCAACAUCAUGUUAUAAUAACAAACAUUUAAAACAAAAAAGUUUAAUUUUUUUUAAAAAGACCACCAGUCGGAUUUGAACCCAAAACACUGAAUGUUUGUAUUCACUAAUCCAGGACGAAACCACUGAGCCAUGCGAGACUUGUCAAUAUGCUCUAUAAAGUUCUGUUUGAAACAACAUUGUCAUAUCAAUGGACUUUGUUUUUUACCCUUCAAAAAAUAAUUUGAAAAAGUACAUAAUUAGUCAUCUCUGGGUCAUCUCUCCAUCUUUUUUUUAAAAACCGACAUUUUUAAUGUUGAAAUAUGUUACCUUUACACGUUUCAAAUUUGUGGAGAGAAGAUCCAGAGACAACAAAAGCAUUUAAAAACAGUUGUAAAUAAGUAGGAUUUUGCAUGAAUUGCAUCGUGUUGCUAUAUUUAGACCCAUAUUAUAAAACCUUUUGCAUUUCAACUAUUUUUCCACUCAUUCCACAUCCAACAGAAACCAAAUAACGGUUAUAAUUCGAAAAAUAUUCAAAAUUAAUUGAUAAAAUUUUAACUCUCCUUGUGCGCCCAGAUUCCUGCCGAAUGUUCAUUUUAAGCGCCCACUUUCUUUGUUAAAAUAUUUAGAUGUUUUGUAAAUCAUUUACAAAAUAAAGCUAUACAUUUAGAAGCAAUGUGAUCCGUCGAAUAAUCGUUAAAUUGAACACUAAAUUAUGAACGAGUCUUUGGAAUGGGUAGUAACACCAAAUUAUUAUGAUGCGAAAUCAAUGCGCCAACUGUGUGUAGUGACCGUAACGGGUAGCCUAUUUAUUACGACAUGUCAUUCAGUGAAGAAUUGUAUAAAUUAAAAAUCAUUGUAGAUAACGACUCGUCACUGUGUGACCUGCCAACACCUGUGAGUUAAUGUAAGAUGUGCACCUGAAACCAUUCAGAACAGCAAUUGAAUGUUGUUAUAUUUAAUUAUAACAAGAAUUAUUUCAU